AUGCUCCCAACAUUCAGUCAGCUCAUAGUGCUAUCUGUUCUCAUUCUGGGUAAGUUCUAAGAGCUGAUAUAAAACUUUUCAUGUCCCAGAAACCCGGAAAAAUAAAGAAAUUCGAACUGAAACUUUAUUUUUCUGAUUCCAACUAUCUCAAACUCACGUUUUGAGGGGUUUUGCUGAGAUUUUUCAAGUACAAGUUCUGUAAGUUCUGAACUCUUCAGUCACCUACCAACAAGUACAAAUCAAGUGCUACGAUUGUUUGACUCCGUUGGGAGUGGAGGAUGCCGUGGAUUACUGUAACUCAAGCGUUUAUUGCAAGGGUGUCUACUGUACCAAGGGUCCGGACGCGCUUUCGAACGGAAUCUAUCACGGAUGCGUUGAUAAUCCACCUAUUGACACUUCGGGAGCAAGUAAGGCUAUUUUCAGCGGUCCCCGUUCCCAUACGGUCUAUACUUGCAGCCUGCAAAACAGUCACCAACACAUUAGGCACACACGAGAACUGCUACUGCAAAAACAUCGACUACUGUAACGACGGCCGCGAGAGCAACAUCGUAAUGCCAUUCCUACUCAUCGUCCCGACCUUUUUCUACGUUUUCUCACAAUAAAAUGUGUUUGCCUGUUAGUUAUUGAUUGAACCGAACCGAGCCGAUGAUAGUGGCGGGGGGGGGUGCUUUCCGUUGUGAGCUGAGCGAGAGCCGAGAGCAAGAAAUGAAGAAAUGAAAUGACAGUUCGAGGAGGAGGAGGGGGGUCUGCGUUUUUGGUUCGUUCGCGGUUUGUGUGUGUUUGCACCGGCUCCUUUGGUGUUUGAGAGAAAUAACCCUUUCUCGCUACGAUACUGCUCGGAUCAAAAGAGGGCGCAGGGCCCCAGUGAGCAAAAUCUCUUAUUAAGAGGAGAUGUUUACACGUCACUCGAACUGUCAACCAACUCUCUCUCUCCGUUUUUCCUUCCUUCGUUUCGCCGCGUUCCACUUCCGUUACCAGCCGCUUCGCUUCCUAUGUCCCCCCCGUUAUCGCGGAAAAAAAGGAGUCAUUCGUCUUCAUCCACGUUUUCAAAGAGAAUAAAUGUGUUUCACAAGUGGGCGGACAGAGAAAAAGAAAUUGUUCACUUCUUUUGAAUGGUCACCGACAAUUGUGUCGGGUUGUACGUCUUUUGAAUAGGCAAGUUGGAGCACUCAUUACAUGAUAAUUAUAGGUCCUUUCCCUUUUCGCUGUGACCAACAUGUUUCUGACUUUUCUAACUCAAUGCCGUCCGUCUAUAUGUACCUUAACUUUGUAAAACUCUAACUAAGUAAGUGUUCUACUAAACCGCAAAUGUUUGCGAGUUCACAGUAUGUCUCAAACAAAUUAUAAGUCGGAACACCAGUCUUUACCUAUUUGCCAACCGAUUAUCCGUCCAUUUUCACUGCAAAACUAGUCGUCGGAGCACAAGUUCCUUUUUCCGCCACAAAAUGUGCAAAUUCUACAUGCAAAGAACGGUAAAUAUGACUGUUGACGUGUCUUGUCGGUUCCCAGUAAGGACGUUAUAAAACUUGUGAUGUUUUUCGAGGUUCGCUUUUUCUCGAUGAUCACAGUGUUGAUUCUUAAACUCGUGAGGUUGUUUUCCAAAACAAUUCAAGUUUCUCAAUCGUUCUUCAGACGUAUUUUGUCACAUUUCUCCGACGUAUCGUUCCCGUCUCAAAUUUUGUCUGAUCCCAAUCAAUCUGAAAACUUUCGCAUGAGCAAGACGUCCAUAGUUUUUCAUUGAAGAUAGAACGAUUUCGCAAGGUUUUUGUUGCAAACUAACGUCAUUGAUAUCAGUGGCUUCUCGUCUGGAAUUCCUUCGAAAUUUCUUCUUUUCUAACUAUUGUUGAGUCAUUCUUUACAGGCAGCUGCGCCACUUUUGUAAUCAGAACAUUUUGGUGCUUGACGGGCUGCCUGGCCCGACCCGUUGCAAGUCUACUUUCAAGUAGCUGCCCCAAAAAAUGAAAUGCACAUUCAUUUCCUCUCGAAUACUACAUAAAGUCGUUCUCCAUCAUUUUGUCGUCUAAUUGGCCCAUUCCGACUAACAUCUAUCAACUACGACGACAGCCGGACGGGCCAAGACAUAUGGGCCCGCCGAAGUGCUCGCGCUGUCUUCCGAAGGACGUCUCGGACAGUCUUCGGGUGGGCAGGAACUGGAGAGGAAGAGAGGGGAGAAAGGUCAAUCCGAACCGUCACAUUAUGCUGCAGUGGGAGGUGGUCAUCCACUUGGCAAACAGCCAACCGGCCCCCUUCCUUCCUUCCCCUCUUGUGUUGGCUGGGUGAGGGGCUGACGCGCGUAUAGCCCCGCUCUCCGCCGCCUGCCGCACUCUUUUCCCCCACUUUUUCUCUGCGCUCUCUUGCUCUCUCGCCGUUUUCCUCCCGUUCACACCCAUUAUAGUUCGUUUCCCACUGUUCUUAAUGAUUCACACGACUUUUUUUCAUUUUAGACUUUUUUGUUUUUAUAAUAUCAUCUGUCAAGCCAGAAGUUUUUUCUCCUGACGCCCGAUCAUUUUAUCGCUUUACACUCUACCACCUCAUCAACAUGUUUACUUUCUUUCUCCUAAUGUGCAUCUUCUUUUUUUCAGAAAAAAUUCUGGGGUCUAGCAGGCAAGAAAGUAGGAGAUUGGGCAGAAAUGCCUCUGGCUGACAUAAACUCGUCCCUGUCCGCAAUCUCGGCCAUCGACCCGGCCGAGUUUCUGCUCACAAUUGCCGUUUUUGUCGUCAUGAUUUCAGUGUUCACGCUGUGCACGUGUUGCGGAAACGACAAGAACAACAGGUGAGAAUGAGUCUGCUUUGCGGGAUUGUUGAAAAAAAUUGGAUAUUUUCAGAGACAAGCAAGAUGAAGCGGACUACGGCGUGGUGACGGUCAGCGGAAACCCUCAGAACCCAGCAGCCAAGCCAGCAGCCCUUCACGGCAUCAACUUCCGCACAAAUCCUGUCAAAGGACAUCAUGAACGACAUUCUCAGCCCGCCACUGGCAUGGUGAGUUUUUCAUUUAAUUCGAUUCAAACUGAUCGUAAUUUGAUGUUCAGUUACAGAGUAUGCUGACCUCGAAUCGUCAAUCGGCGCCAGGAAGAGCGCUGCCGAAAUUGCCGGCCGAUUUAUACACGGCGAUCGACAAAAAAGCCAAGCGAUGCGGCGGCGUCAACCCAACCGAUGACAUCCGAUUCGCUGAUGAAACCGUCAAUCCGAUGUAUGAGUGCAUCGACGCGGAAACCGACUCGUUUGUCGAUCCGCUUUAUUCAAAGGUGACUCCCGACUCCUAUCAGAAUGGCUGGAAAGUUGAAUUGUUCAGGUUGGAGACGUGACUGGAACAUCUGCGAAUCGGGAUCGCAAGUACGAUUAUCCAAUCUUCUCUGGUCGUCAAAACAGGAGAGAGGAGACCGUCUAUCAGAGUGCUUCGCAGAUCUACGCGCCAAACUCUGAAGAUCCAUACAGGUAAGAUCACAGUAAACAUGCAAGAUUCCGGGCCCGCCCGGCAUUUUUUCACGAAAAAAUUAAGACACGUGCGGAAAAGUUGCGAAAAGUGGAACGUUACAACUAUUGAACAAAUCUACAUUUUCAGCUCCAUCACAUCCGGCCGAAACGUGAACGGCGACAAUGAUGGCGAUAACAGCAGUGCCUAUGAUCCAGGAUACGCAAAAGUGAAUUUGAACGUCCAAACGAGCAAUACAUUGGAUAAGAAAAAGGAAAAGAUUGAGAAGACCGAGCGAGAGCUCGAUUUGCUCUAUUCCAAAAUCCGGAGGAAUGUGGCCAACUAUGGGGACGACUUGCAGCCUGGUCCGUCGGCUAGGCCUGAGCCCAUCCUUCCGACCUAUCCAAUGGUGGAUCCUCUUCCUCCGGCAGCUUUGUUUGAUGAGCAGUCUGCUGUGUCGAGUAGAGAACCGUCCUAUCGUUAUAUCACUAUGCGGUGAGUAUUUGGAAAUCAGGAUACAGGAAAAUGAAGGGAGUGCUUUCAGUGAAAAUGCGGAUGUGGUUCGCGAGCGAUUACGGCAGCAAGGGCAAUUGGAUCAGCCGAGAAGAGAGCAUUAUUACUCGACAAUCGGAAAUGAGUAUGAAACGGUAAGUAAGGUACCCAAACCAACCGGGCUUGGGAAUAUGUCCCCACCGGCCCAAUCCAUAAUAAGUCUGCCGAGAUUUUGUCAAACGUGUUCUAAUGAUGAUUUCACAGAUUGCCAACGGGAGCAUAUCCAACAACGCCCACACUUCCAUCACUAUCGACACUCAGCCACGAGCUCCACUGGCCAAUAUCUCAACCAGUUCGAUUCUGGACGCUCCACCACCACCAACCUCUCCGAUCCCGGAAAGAAGUCGUCCUGUCUCGUACAUAGACACGUAUGGAAGUGUCCUGAGCGGCUCGGCCAUCCCUCCGCCACCCGAUCUCCGAUGCUCACCAGUUCCACCGCGGCCUCCCGGCGAUGACAUCCAACCGCACGUAUUUUCAAUCUCGCAUGCCUCUUCCUCAUCGACCGCCGCCCCACUUCCUCCUCCGCAACGAGUAUCCUAUUCAAUUGAUUGUCAGUUUGAAAUGGGGACAAGUGGAAACAAGAAAAAAAAACGUUUGCGCCAAUUUCAGGCAAUGAUGCGUACACAAUGCCAACGACCGCUCGACCCGCGUCCUCGUACAGAAGUCUUGAAACACUGCUGGGCAAGAGGACUGUUGAGGAGAAAGAGACGAUUGUCGAACAAAGGUCGACAUUUGCGUAAGUGUUUCGCUUCAUGUUCAGGAUGAAAUUGUAACGGAGUCAGAGAGAAGGAUGAAACUGCAAACCAGCCAGAGAUUCACAUGAGUAUGGUCGUUCGACUUGAAAUGAGGCGAGCCUGAACGCUAGCGUAGUUAGAUCCGUCAUUUGGAUCAUGUCAGGGCAGCAAUUGGACGGUCCGGGCUCCAAAAAGCUCGGACUUUCCACUAUAUCUCGAGAGUGAAUUAUCCGAUCGGUUUGAGACUUGAGAAGCGGUUCAAAAGUCCGCCCAGUUGCCCAGCCCUGGCUCAUGCUUUAGAUAAAAAUCAAGUCAAAAAAGAGAAACACCUUUUUUUUUCAGCUCCGGAAUCCCAGUGCCCGUGCCCACAACAUCAAAUGUCAAUGACAUAAUGAGUCGGAGUAUGGAUUCUUGGGGUACGCCGGCGAGUCGGGCUGUCCAUGAGGUGCCUAUUCGUCGACUGGAUCGUGGCUAUGAGGCCACUGGACCCAGUGUCGACCGCAUAAUUUCCGGACGGCGAUAUCGGAACGGACAAGGAGUUCCAGAAGAAUCAACUGCCGUCGCGCCAGAAGUCAGAGCGGACAGUGACAAAGAUAAAGACGGACGGGGGAGUAGUACGGAGGUGAGAUUUUGUCUUUAGGAUUAGGACGGGCUCUCUGAAAAAUUGUGUUCCAGAGACGACGAGAGCGUGCUCGCAGUUCGAGUGACCGUGAAGACGAGGGGGAGCCAGGGAGAUCCAGCCGGUCCGCGAGAAACAAAAAGAACUGGAAGGAUGAGUCCGAAGAGGAACGCAUCCGACGUCUCGGGACCAUCUACACUGCCAACGACUACGUGUGCCCGAUAGACAUGACGGAUCAGAAGCCGUGGCCGAUGAACGGCGCCAACAAAAAGAAUUAA